AUGGAAUUGAUUUUCGAGUUUGCACCACAGUCUUUUGCGAUGGAUCGGCGCUGGCCUUGGAAGAAAAAAUCAUCAGAGAAGGCCGUGAUUGAGAAAGCAGCUACUGCAUUGGAUUCCUCCGAUGCUUCCAACAACCAGGAUAACAAGAAGAAACCAAACUACAUCCAAAUCUCUGUGGAAUCCUACUCACAUCUGUCUAGUUUGGAGGAUCAAGUGAAGACAUAUGAGGAAAAAGUUCAGACACUGGAGGAUGAGGUCAAGGAAAUUAAUGAAAAGCUGUCCGCAGCAAAUUCUGAGAUCAAUACCAAGGAAAGCAUGGUAAAGCAACAUACUAAAGUAGCUGAAGAAGCUGUAUCUGGCUGGGAAAAGGCUGAAGCUGAGGCUUUGGCAUUGAAGAAUCAUCUAGAAUCUGUCACUCUUUUGAAACUCACUGCUGAGGAUCGUGCAACACAUUUAGAUGGCGCUCUUAAAGAGUGUAUGCGACAAAUACGAAACCUUAAGGAAGAACAUGAGCAGAAAAUACAGGAAGUUGCUCUCUCAAAAACCAAGCAAUUAGACAAGAUUAAGGGGGAGCUCGAGGCAAAGAUAGUGAAUUUUGAACAGGAACUUCUUAGGUCUGCUGCUGAAAAUGGGGCCCUGUCAAGGUCAUUGCAGGAGCACUCUAACAUGCUAAUCAAAUUCAGUGAAGAAAAGGCUCGUGCUGAGGCUGAAAUUGAGAUUCUCAAGGGCAACAUAGAAGCAUGUGAAAGGGAAAAUAAUUCACUUAAAUAUGAACUUCAUGUUGUUUCCAAAGAGCUUGAAAUUCGCAAUGAAGAAAAAAACAUGAGUAUGAGGUCUGCAGAAGCUGCUAACAAGCAGCAUAUCGAGGGCGUAAAAAAAAUUGCUAAGUUAGAGGCUGAGUGCCAACGAUUACGAGGUCUUGUGAGGAAAAAGUUACCAGGUCCUGCUGCACUUGCACAGAUGAAGCUAGAAGUUGAAAGCCUUGGCCGAGAUUUUGGAGAAAGCCGAUUAAGGAAGUCCCCUGUGAAGUCUCCUUCCCCUAAUUUGUCUCCACUACCUGAUUUCUCCCUGGAGAAUGUGCAGAAAUUCCAGAAGGAUAAUGAAUUUCUUACAGAGCGUUUAUUGGCAAUGGAAGAAGAAACAAAGAUGCUGAAAGAAGCUUUGGCUAAACGUAACAGUGAGUUGCAGGCCUCAAGGAGUAUGUGCGCAAAAACAGUGAGCAAACUUCAAAUUUUGGAAGCCCAAUCUCAGGCUAGGAACCAGCUGAAAGGAUCUCCAAAAUCCAUCGUCCAGAUAACUCAUGAAAGCUUAUAUAAUCAAAACGCAAGCAGCGCACCAAGCUUUGUCUCCAUGUCUGAAGAUGGAAAUGACGAUGCAGUAAGCUGUGCUGAAUCUUGGUCUACAGCAAUAGUCUCUGGGAUAUCCCAAUCGCCCAAUGAAAAAUGCACUGAGGAAUCGAGAAAAUCUGAAGUCUCUAAGAAGUUGGAACUAAUGGAUGACUUUCUGGAGGUGGAGAAGUUGGCUCGUCUGUCAAAUGAGUCCAAUGUAGAUGCCACUGUUUCAGUUUCCUCAAACAAUAAGACAACUGACACUGGGACUGAUAAUGUAUCAGAAGUUGGAACUGGCAAAGAAGGUCUAGCUGAAAAGAUUGGCAAUUCAAAUUCAUUGCCAAAUCAAGUGUCUUCUGAUGCUUUGAUGUCAGUACCCGAUCCUCAAUCUGAUGCUAGUGGCUUGUUAUUAACAGAACUUCGAUCAAGAAUAUUACUGGUUUUUGAGUCCUUAGCCAAGGAUGCUGACAUAGGGAAAAUUGUGGAGGAUAUUAAACAUGUGCUUGAAGAUUCGCAUGACACUACCAUCAGCCACUCGGUGAAUGCCCAUCCUUCUGAUGCUAUAUGUGACAGGAAGGAUAAUCCUGAAGAUGCUGGCUUAAACCUUGAAAAGGAAAUCAUUUCAUCCCAGCAACCCAAACAAUAUGUGCAUAUAACUUCAGAUCUGGAAGUUGCAAUUUCUCAAAUUCAUGACUUUGUAUUAUUCCUUGGCAAGGAAGCAAUGACAUUUCAUGACAUAUCUUGUGAUGGAAAUGAAAUGAGGCAAAAGAUUGAGGAGUUCUCCGUCACAUUUGAUAAUCUAUUAAGCAACAAUGCAAGUUUGCAACAGUUUGUUCUUGACUUGUCCUAUGUUUUAGAUAAAGCAAGUGAGUUCAGAUUUAAUGUACUUGGCUACAAGGGCACAGAAGCUGAAACUAACAGUCCUGAUUGCAUAGAUAAGAUUGCUUUGCCUGAAAAUAAGUUAGUGCAAGACAAUUCACCUGGAGAAAGAUAUCAAAAUGGCUGUUCCCAUAUUCUUAAUACGUGUUCUAAUCCUGAGGUUCCCGAUGAUGGAAAUUUGGUCUCAGGCUAUAAAGUGGAUGAUGCAUCACAAAAACUGUCAAUGCAAGAGUUUGAAAAAUUGAAACUAGAGAAAGAAAAAGUAGUGACUGAUCUGUCAAAUUGUACUGAAACUCUGGAAAUGACCAAGUCUCAGUUGCUAGAGACUGAACAACUUCUAGCUGAAGUUAAAUCACAAUUGGCUUCUGCUCAAAAAUCAAACAGCUUAGCUGAGACGCAGCUUAAGUGUAUGGCAGAAUCGUAUAAGUCACUUGAAACACGAGCCCAGGAGUUGGAAACUGAGCUGAACCGUCUGCAAAUUAAGAUAGAAUCUCUGGAGAAUGAACUUCAAGAUGAAAAGAAGGCUCAUGCAGCUGCUUUGGCCAGGAGCAAGGAUCUACAAGAGCAGUUACAAAGGAUUGAGUACUUGGUAGCUGAUGAUGAUCACAAGACUUCGCAUGAUAGAGAUUUGACUGCUGCUGCUGAAAAGCUAGCCGAGUGUCAGGAAACCAUACUUCUUCUGGGCAAGCAGUUAAAUGCUCUACGUCCACAAACUGAGCCAAUUGAUUCACAGUCUAGUAAGAUAAAUACAAAGGAUGAAGGCUUGACAGAAGAUGAUCCCACCACCAAUAGCAAAAAAUUUCAAGAAUUAGGUCAGAUGGAUAUGGACAAUACUACUUCUGCUUUUGUGCAAAGAUUGAGUUCGGAGUCCCCCUUACAUUUUUCCAACAGCUUAUUUAGCCCUUCAGACAGCGAGUCCACCCUUCCAGCCAGAUCCCCAGUACAGCAUUCUAAAUCAAAACCAAAACACAGGCCUACCAAGUCGGCCUCUUCUUCAGUUUCUUCUGCCACUACACCUGAGAAACAUGCACGGGGAUUUAGUAGAUUCUUUUCACCAAAAGGAAAAUCCGGUCAUUGA